GCCGACUGGCUCACACUCUCACUUUGCCGUUGUAUCAGUAGUAGUAUGUUUGCACACCGCGUCCGCCUGCCGGGGCGUCUCUCGAUGCUUGCGUUAGCCCCGCGCCCGCGCAGUGCAUCGCUCGAGGCGGCCCCGCGCAAGACAUCGUACCCGGCACUGCGACCGACGAGCGCCACCGAGGGUCUCUCCCGGCUGCCGUCGCUGGACGAGGACGAAGACAUGGCGAUCCGGUACCUCGACGACGACGACGACGACGAUAUUCCAUACGUCGACCGGUUGUCGGCGUCGACGACGGUGCUGUCCUGGGACGACAUGGCCGACGCGACCGAUGUCGAGAUUGUGCGCGCGCGUGACACGUACUCGCCGCUCUCUCGGCUCUCGGAUAUAUAUAAGCUGCAGCACCUCUUGCUCUUGCAGAACGCGCCAGCGCGCAGCCAGCGCAGCUACUCGUGCAAUGACCUCCACGACACGAUCCGGAAGGUCGCGACGGAGCUCGUCGCGGCGUGGCGCGCGCGCGCGCGGAAUUCGGCGGUCGCGCCGUUUGAGUUUCAGCUCCUCGAGUGGGCCCAAGUGAUCUUUAGCUACGAAGUGCAAAUCUACGACGACCGGUGUCUGCGCACCAUGGACCAGCGCGGUAUGGAGAAGGAGCUACUGCACGUGCGCAAGAAGGUCGAGGGCAUUCACGCCCAGCUGAUGCUCGUCCAUGUCUCGGACCGCGCGGCCAAGCACCAAGCGACGACGUCGUCGAGCCACCUCCUCGAUCGCAUUCAAAAGAUUCUUCGCGACGUUGCGGGCACGCAUCACUUUCACCGGUCCGGCAAAGUCGAUUACAUGCAGUUGUAAUAUAUCCAUUCCGCCCGUCCA